AGUGGUUACACUUAGUGCAUCUCUGCGCGUCGUCCCGUACGGCCGUGUCUGUGAAGGUGUGUGCUUUACGUAGCGAAGCGUUUCGCUUUUCGGUGUGUGUUUUAGCGUAGACCGCCUCGACGUCGCUAACCCAUCAGUGGCAAAGGUGUGUGUUUCGCUGCAUCAGUGGUUGGCGUUUUGGAGUGUGUGUGUGUAUAGCUGAAAAAAUAUAUAAAUAAUCUUGAAUAUUAAGAUCUACACUCUCGUGCGGGAUAGCUGUGGCAAAGCGGAAGGGUAAGAGUUUCCGUCACGGAUCGUAGCAUCCCGGUAGGGCGGUGUACGGUGCGUCUUCCGGUCCACGGACUGUCGAUUUCGUUAUUACACCGGAACCUCCGCUCUGGCAAGGGCAAGCGUCAGCAGUAGCAGCGUCAAUCAAAUCUUCCGUACGCUUCCCCCUUUGAAACUUAUCCGCACAGCCAGGCGGCACAGCUCCUUUGCCGUACCGCACGAUGGAACUCUCUCGGAUAAAAACCCUUUACUGUGGGUUAAUUUUUCAGCUGCUCUUCACACUAGCCCUACCGCUGCCCUACACAAAGUAUGGACGUACCUGCGGCGAUAUCGGUUGCCUGUCUAGCCAGGUGUGCGUGAUGGCGUACGAAUCCUGCUCGAUUGGGCAACGCGAGGGUAACGAUUGUGGCCGUUACCCGACCUGCAAAAAGAACACGGAUCCGAGCGUCAGUGCCGGCCCGAGCGAGGGAGUUAGCAAUGUGUACAACAACGGUCCGAAGCCUUCCGCACCGGCCAGUCGCCCUGGAGACGACGAUGUGCUCGGCACACUCGGUUUGAAUCCUAACAAUCCGUACGGCCAGCGCCCAACCCCUCCGCCGGCCCGACCACCGCAACCGGCUGGGCCCUCACUCUACCCUUCGCUGCCGACGGACAACAACCCGGGCAACCGUUACGGAGGCAAUGGCGGAGGUGGCUACAGCGGCGGCGGUGGUUCCUACAACGGAGGUGGUGCAGGAGGAAGCUCUUACAAUGGUGGUGGUGGCGGUGCGUACAAUGGAGGUGGCCAGUUUGACGGUGCAGGGGGUAACAUCGUCGUACCGACACGCAAACCGGCCGCACCCGCCAACAACGGUGGAUUCUUCGGUGGAAUCCUGAGCGGUGUACAGAACGCAGUCUCGAACGCGGUCAAGCAGCAGAUCGGCACCUACAUCAAUCAGCGGUUGGGCAUCGGGCCGGCGGCAGGUGGGGCCGCCGGUGCCGGUGGGCUGGGCGGCCUGUUUGAUGCACGCAAUCUGAUCGACAACAAGCGGCUGGGUGGUUUGUUUUCCGAGAAUAAGCCGGCGGGCAGUGGAGCAGGAACCGGCUCGUCCGGCACUUCCAUCGGGCCGGGGGGAUAUCCGGUGACGGUGGAUCAGCGCACAUCGGCCAGUAGCUACAAUCAGCAGUAUGCAGCGGCACCGGCACAGUCCGUACCGUAUCCGCAGAACUAUGGCAGCUAUAAUGCGGCUGCCCGUACCCGUUCCACCGAACGUCCUGCUUAUGGAUGGAACCGGGACUAGGUGUGAGAUGCGCUCCUGGAUAGCUACCAUACUAAAAUACUCCCCACAAUGCACUAAAAUAAUUACAAACGUAACACAUUCACGCUGUUGAGGAAUUGCUUCAGUUUCUCUCUAACGACGUAUGCGCCCUCUGUAGGGUUUUACGGGUAACUGCUGACAGCGAUCGCCGAAUUCCGAUUUUUUCAUUUUUAUUUUUUUGUGUACUGUCGUAGUAUAUUAACCAGAUUAAAAGACAAAUAUCUACACUUUUUUAUACCAUAAUAACACUGUGACUAAUAAAACAUAUACACAGAAA